GGAAACAUAAGACAACAACGUCAUUAAACACGCCCACCAUGUCGCUCCCCGAGUUCAAGCAAAACUUCCUCAAGGACUGUGUCUCAGCUGGCGCUCUUAAAUUCGGCACCUUUACGCUCAAAUCCAAGCGCAUAUCACCUUACUUCUUCAAUGCGGGACUCUUUCACAGGGCUGACCUGCUGCGCUCCAUAUCCUCAGCGUAUGCGCACACACUCAAGACACAUGGCGACUCAGACCCUUCGUUCCAAUGGGACAUUCUGUUCGGACCGGCCUACAAAGGCAUUCCCCUAGCCGCCGCAUCAGUCGACAAGCUCGCUGAUCUAGACCUUGCCAAGUACGGUCAGAAGAGUUACAGUUUCAACCGCAAAGAGGCAAAGAACCACGGUGAGGGUGGAAACAUAGUUGGCGCGAGUCUGAAAGGAAAGAAGAUUGUCAUUGUUGAUGAUGUCAUCACUGCGGGCACUGCCAUCAGGGAGGCUAUCGACAUCAUCAAGAGGGAAGGCGGGGAGUUGGUCGGAAUCAUCGUCGCUUUCGAUAGGCAGGAGAAGACACCUACACCCAAUGACGAUGACGGGAAGCCGGGACCAAGUGCGAUUGGCGAGGUCAGGAAACAGUAUGGCAUUCCUGUCCUUGCGAUCUUGACGUUGGAUGAUGUCGUCGAAUACCUGAGAAGUCUGGGCGGAGAAGAGGAUUUGAAGAAGCUGGAUGAGUAUCGGGCCAAGUACAAGGCGAGCGAUUAAGCGCUUUGCAAUGCGAUUCAAGACGCACCAUGCUCGGAUUCCAGUUUGUUCAUGAUAUAUGACUAGACUCGACUCUAUUAUCAUUCGUAACAUCUACAGAAUAUCGUUGAUGGUUCGAUUGCACAAGAACCCCGUAAUGCAGCAUGUAAUGAAAAACGCUAAAUGCUGGUAUAAGAACGCUACAACAAAUAAACCAGGUAUCAAAGAAAUAGACAGAACAGAAGCUUCUCGCUUCCCAUUAAGCAAUAAAGCGUCUCAUCUCUA